AAUCCACUGUUCACAUCCUUUUCCAUCAGCCUCUUCAUCCCUUCUCAUUAAGUCUCAUUUCUCUCUCCUCUUUCAAUUCAACCAUUUCAAAUCAAACAAAAUUUUCUUCAUCCGUUCUCAUCGCACACUCUGACCAUUUCAGAUUUUUCAUACCUUUGGAUUUAUUCUUUGAUUCUAUUUGAUACAAGAAAACAAACUUCCAUGGUCUUUCUCUGCAAGAGGCAAAAACAAUUUAACAAGAUCUAUAAGAGGGUUUGAGAUUAGUGCAAAUGCUAUUGAUGCUGCUAAAACUAUUCAAAAUCUCAAAUCAAAAUUAGAUAAUUGAAAAUUCAAAAUUUGAAGCUUGAAUUUAAUUUUCUUGAUGAUAAAUUCAGAAAUUAAAGAGAAAUUAGUACCUUCUCGAUGAGGAGAGAGAGGGAAAUGGAGGAAUUCAAUGGAGAGAACCCUAGAGGAAGGAAGUGCUGACGGCACACUGACGGCAGUUGUCAUUAAUGGUAUUCUGUGCUAACGGACGUAAACUCAAUGGUAUAUGGUGAAUUAAAACAUUUCGUGUGGUAUAUGAUGAAUUUCGAAGAAACUCAGUGGUAUAUCAUGAAAUAUCCGAAAAGAAAAUAAUAAAACGAAACAAUUGUUGAAUUUGUCAAAUAUUUAAGAUUAAGAAAAACAAUCUGUUACAUGAGGUUUGAUAGGCUUACCUUCUUGCAAUUGGAUAUCAUACAAUCUACACUUCAAGAGUAAUCCACUAGUAACACUCUUGGCCAUGUAGAUUGAUUACAACUUUUUCCAAAUCCCUUUUGAAGUUACCUCCUUUACAACUUCCAUCAAAAGUUCAUUUGAGAGGCAAUGUUAUAUGGCGGAUAAAGCUUUUGCAUCCAUCUCUUCCCACUAGCUCACUAGCACCAAUGGGCUUUCUCUCAUCACCUUCAAGUGCCUUAUAAACACCAUUUUUCACUAGCCAUAACUGAAAUUUGUGUUCCUAUCAAACUUCUCAAUGCCAAACUUUAUUGUUGACAUCUUGGACUUCAAAUGACCACCACUAUCACCUCAAAUAACCCUAAAUAAACCCUUGGCUCUGAUACCAAUUGAAAAGGAGAGGUGUAUACCUUACUCAAGGAUCACAAAAUGAGGUUUAGACGAGUGUUUAUGAUGUGUCUUAGUGUAUUAACCAAAUAAUGCAAGUUAGUGUAAUGAAUGACAAUAAUGAAUAGAUAAUCAAGAUAAGAAUUUAAGGUGAUUCACCAAUAAAUGGGCUACCGGCUACAUCCAUUAUCUAGCCUAGGAAUAAUAUUUAUGCGUUUAAAGGAGAAAUACAAAUUUAAGAGGAAUUACAAUGGAGGUUAUAUAUAGAAGAGAUAAGCUAAUUUAGAGAGAAGACUAAGCAUAGUAGGCAGCUCUAAGUAUGAGACUUUAGUUCAUUAAUAACUUGGCAUCUAGAGUAUUUAUAGGGGAAGUAAUCACAACAAUGAGGGUGGCAGCUUAGUGUACACAACACCAGGCAACAACUUUUGAAAACAGAAGCUAAACAAUAGAAAAUCACAAACAGGGCAACAUUUUAUAGGUUGUUUCCUUGCCUUUUCCAAGUAUACCAUGGUCUCAAUCUGUCCCUAUUACUCUUACACUUGUCCUUGGUUUGAAUUCUAGCCUUGGUGCCCAAGGUUUGCUUCACCUAAACACCCAUUAACACCUAGUACAAUGUACUAGUGUACUUGUGUGAUUCCCAAACAACCAAUCACAAAUAUGUGACAUGUCCUCUUCUAACUACACUAACUAAUAUGAUUAAUUUUCUUAAUCAUGGUUUGAUUACUUGCUGAGCCAAGUCACCAAUAAUCCUAAUUUUUUUUUCUAUUGUUCAUGUAUCACAAACAUCAUACCAAGGCAAAAGGUUAACACAUACUAAGCAUCCAAGUCAACGGUUCUUUGAAGUUUCUUAACCAUUCAAUGGAGGGUGAAUAUACAUUAUUGGAUGGAAUUUAGAGUCUUUUUUUUUCUGAUUUUAUUUAGUAAAUAAUGAUGUAAUAGACGUUUUUAUUAGUUGUUUAGUUUUAUUAUAAUUAUUCAUAGGAUUAUCUUUUGACUAUUAUAGUUGUUAUUACAUCAUUACUUUAUUGGUUUGUAAUCAAGUGUAUGAGUUUUAUUUAUUUCUAAUUUUUAAUUAGUUUGUAAGCCUAUAUAAUUAAAGGCAUGAUUAAGCUUGAACAAAACACUCAAAUAUCAAAUUCCAAGCCAAAAGCUCUUUACUUUUUAUGGUUCUUGUACAUGUGCUAAGUGUUUGAAUAGAGUCAUUAAAAUUGUGAGUUUUAUUUUCAUUGUUGAUGAAAUCGGAGUGUUUGUGAUCCAACUUGAAUUAAGAUUACAUUUUAGCAAGAUUAAGUGAGUUUUCCUUUCUCCUAUAUCAAAUUUUUUUUUUUGAUAUUCUAAUGAGUGUUUCUAGUUUAUCUACUAAGCUUCUUUUUAAAACUAUCGAAACAACUAACGUCCUUUAUAAACGAAAACCUUUUCGACCAAAACUCAAAAACAAUCAGCCUACAUCACGAACUGUAGCUCCAUAAAUAACCUAAAUCUCUUCAACCUCAUUACCUUGACCUUUCCUAUUCCAAAGACAUCCUUUUUUUUAUCUUAUAAUUGUUUAAGCCGUUUUGUUAAUCUAGUCUCUUUAGAAUUUCAGAUUUCAUUGUUCAAAAGCUCACAUAUUUAAGACAAUCUUGGCUAUCUUUAUCAAAACGUGAUUACCUAUUUGCACGUUUGAUAUUGUGUAGGUGUUUGAGUUUUAUGUAGGUACAAUAUUUCUAUAUUAAAAAGCAGUUUGAGUGCUUUUUUGUGUGCUAUCUUCAACACUCCGAUGAGGAUGAAGCGUACUACUUACCCCUCUGCACUUGAUGAUUGAUGAAGCUCAUUGCUUACUUUUCUGAACUUGAUGAUGUUUGGAUGCUUCAACGUCUAUGAUUUAUGAUUUCUUUUUGAACAUUGCAUCAAUCUGGAAAAAUACUUAAAACAAUAUUUAAAUUGAAAAAACAAAAAUGGAGACAAAUGAAGCUUUUAAGUUUUGACUUAUUUUACACUUAAUAAUAAAAAUGAAACAGUCAGAUAAUUUUAAUAAAUAUUCCUAGAAAUAAUCAUUAAGUUAUUAACUAAUCAACAUGAUGAAUGAUCAAAUCAUUAAGUUUUUGGAGCGAGAUUCACCCAAGAAGGUAAAACUCAAAAAAGAAAAAGAAAGAAAAGAUCACAACCCGUUCAUUUUAAAGAAAAUAUAGAAGAAAAAGUUAAAAUUUCGAACUCCACCAUUGAAGAAUAAAAGCUUGAAGUUGAAGCUUGAAAUUGAAGAGGCAUGUAAUAGGACUUGUUUGCUAGAGAUGUAUUUACUUUAUACUCCCUCCGAUCUUAUGAUAUAGUCCCAUUUCCUUGGGCACGCAUAUUAAGGGUUGUGUGGGGUUCAUGUAAAAUGUGGUAGUUGGGUAUUUUUAAGUAAGUGGAUUAAUUGUUAAUGAUUCCCUCUUUUUGAUUAAUAAAGUACAUAGAAUUGAAUUUUGGAGGGAAAAUUGGGUUUGACAUUGUUUGAGCUUUAAUUGAAAUUAAUACAUUUCCGAAUUUUUUAUAAUUAAACAACCAUUAAACUAGUUAAUUUAAAUUACAUAAAAUUACAUCAAAUAAAUUACAAAAACCGUCAAAAUCAUAAAAUAAGCUAAGUCUUCAAUACUUCCUUGAUUUCUUCAACGUUUUUUGAACGGCAAUUGAAAACGAGCAACCCUCUCGCCACAUGCGCAUACGGAUAUUAAAUCUUUCGUUGACUUCAGAUUUAUAAAAAAACAAACAUGGUAUGCAUUUAGUGUUGAAAAUUAAUUAAAUAACUACAAAAAAUCUAAAUGUUUCAUUUUGAAAGGAAGCCAUCAAUGACACUGGAACAAAAAUAAGCUGAUCAAGGGAAAACAAUGAUACUGGAAGAUUGAAAAAAAAUGAAAAGAAGCAAGACAUGAUUAGAAGAUAAAUACAGCAAAGGGAAAUGGAGACAUGAUGGAUCAAAUGAGUUGACAAUUAGUAACACAGUAAAGGGAAACCAAAAAAUUAAUGUCAAUGGCGCCAAAAAUGAAAAAAAUUGCCACCAAAACAGAUGAAAAUUAUGUAUAUAAGACAGCAUUUUUCCUUUCACACAUGAAGUGGCAGCACAAAGGAGUUCAAAAAACAGGAAGAGAGGAGAGCCAGAGACCAAACCAAUACAAUCAAUCACUAAAGAACACACAAGAGACAUGAUUGUGCACAAGAUACUACCAGCAAUUAGAAUUAAAUGGCCAUCACAUUUAAGCAAAACAAUUUUCAUUCAACAGGACAAUGCUAAACCACACAUUUUAGAUGAUGAUGAGGUGUUUAGAGAGGUGGCUACACUUGAUGGAUUUAACUUCCACUUAGUGCAACAACCUCCUAACUCACCGGAUUUGAAUGUGCUUGACUUAGGGUUCUUUAGGUCAAUACAAUCUUUACAGCAUCAAAAAUCAGCAUACAACUACGCACAAUUACUUGAGGCAGUAACUACAGCAUUUGACAAUCUGACACCAAAUGCACUGAAGAAUGUAUGGAUCACAUUACAAGCAUGUAAAAUUGAAGUUAUUAAGAAACUAGGUGGUAUGGAUUACGCAAUUCCACACAUGAGCAAAGCAAAGCUUGAAAGGGAAGGGAGACUCCCACAUUGUUUGGGGGUACAGCAGGAAACAAUUUACCAGGCACUAAGAUAUCUGGAAACAAAGGUGGAUAAAACAACAUUGGAGGGCAUUUUAUUUUACUUAGGGAUGAAAGACGAAUUAGUUUUCCAUGAACUUCAUGAGUAUAUUCCAGCAACAACAGAAGCAACAACAGAAGCAGCAGCGUAUAUUCCAGCAAGAAUAGAAGCAACAACAGAAGAAACACCAGCAUGAACACCAGCAACAUGUAAAUAUGACACACAUGAGUAUACUUUUGGGUUACCUUUUGUACUCACUUUUGGGUUACAGUGUAAGGUAAAUGUUUAGGUCUAAACAUGAUGUAGAAAUUAAAUAGGGGAGAUGUUUAGCCGUAAACAUUUAGAAGGAAAUGUCAUGUAACAAUUUAUUGAUGGCUUCAAAAACAAAAUGAAAAACAAAUUCAUCUCAGAGAUACAAAUUGAACUCAUCACAGAUAACCCAAAUACCAUACUAAUUGCCUCCUACAUCUGGUAAGAACAUAGCCUCCUAAACAUAAUGUUUGGUGGCUUAUGAACUGAAAACCCUAGAUUGGUGGCAAAUGAAUGGAUUUAGGGAUUUUGUAGCUAUAAUCAAUUGUUUACCCUCAAAAAAAAAAUCAUAGGGCAACAAAAACAGAACACGAAAGACAUGCAUACCAUACAUAGCACAUAAACAAAAUCAUCAUUAGUCAUACAGGAAAGAUGUAUCCAUACGAGAAAAUGGGCCUCGAACAUCAAAAUCAGACACCAAAUCAUCAUCAUCCAACGAUUCUUCAUCUGAGGAAGGGAACAAGUUCUCAAUGUAUAGAUCUUGAAGAUCCAGUUGUAAAUCAAACAUUCCCUGUAUUUCUUCAUCUUCAGAAGUUAUACUUCUUCCCCAGUUAGGAUCCGUUUCAUCAGAAGUCGUAGGUAGGCGAUUGUAGAAAUCGAACCACGGGUUAGGAGAUCCAAUCGUAGGAUCACUUUCUUGGGACGAAGACAAACAAGAAAGACAAGACGUUGGUGAGGCCAUGUUCGAAAAAACCCAGAAAAGAUGGGAAAAAACCCAGAUUUAAAAAACCCCUAAAAGCAUUAGGGUUUCAAAGAAGACGAAGAAGGUGGAAAAAAAUGAAGAUGAAGAUAAUAAACCGUAAACCAAGGUAUUCUUGGAGAUGAAGAUGAAGAUCAUUGAAGAACACGAAGAGUUAUACACAGGUUGAGGAUGAAGAUGAGAGAGAGGGAGGGAGACAGAGUAGGGGAUUAUAAAAGGGAGGGAAUGAUUAAGGUGAGGUUAGAUUGUUAAUUAUUUUAGGUUAGUAGGGUUUACGGGGGGUAAAAUCAUAAUUACGUGUGUGAACUAAGGGUAUUUAAGUAAAAAUGGAUUGCCAAAAAUAGAAAUGGGACUAAUUCAAAGGUUUUGCCAAAUAAGGAAAUGGGACUAUAUCAUAAGAUCGGAGGGAGUACUUUUUAGUUUUUAACUGUUUUGAAUAAGCCUUAUCUUGGGAAUAUGAAAGGAGUAAUUAAAGAGUGGAGUACGUGUCUUUACUCGUUACAAGUUUACAGCUAUCGAUCACUAAAAUUACUAUAUUAUUUUUUUAUUUAAAUUGUCAAUAGUCUUGUCUUGCUAUU